UUUUGUCUUUCCACCUCCAUAUCAUCGAUUACCACCAUAUUGAAUGAUAUACACAGUUAAUGACCCUUCACUCUACGCAUUAAACCCACUUUGUUGAUUGAAAACCCUAAUCGUUCAUUGAAAUCUUGCAUUUGAUCAUCAACCGCAAUCAUAAGUUUGAAUCCACGAGUAUGGUCCAAAUGUGGGAAAUCAGGCCAAGAAAUCAGUGUUUUGAUGCAAUCCGAAUUUACGAAGGAUAUCCCACGAUGUUCACUAUUGAGCUCCAUCAUGGAGGGAGGUUCACAAAAUUCCCAGGGAUAAGCUACAUUGAAGGAAAAUUAGACCACAUUGACUUGGUAGACAUGGAUGAGUUCUCUGUGCAUGAGUUGGACGAGGUGAUGCUGAAGCUUGGUUAUGAUGUACCACCAGUCAUUUACUACCACUAUCAAUUGCCAAAUGGAGAUUUGGAGUUUGGUCUUAGAGCUCUAGGGAAUGAUAUUGAUGUACUUAGUCUUGCACAGUACAUUGAACAUCAUAAGAUCAUCAAGGUAUACACUGAACAUAAUGAAACUAAGUUACUUACAUACUUUAUGUCUCCAAGAGUUAAACCUAGGGUCAUAAUUGAGGAAAUAGCAGAUGAUGUGCCCACUGCAACUGUUGGUGAUCAAGAUGUCCCAAAUCUUGAAUUGUGUUUAGUAAGAUAUGAGACACCCGAAUACAAUUCAAAUAAGAGAUUGAGGUUAGUUGAUGGGAGUCAAUCAUGUAGUAAGAAAUUGUGUUUCAACUUGGAACACACUGCAACUGUUGGUGAUCAAGAUGCACAUGUUGAAAUUGGUAAUGAAGGUGCAAAUAUUAGUGAGCAAGGUGCAACUGUUAGUGGUCAAGAUACACAUGUUGAAAUUGGUAAUGAAGGAGCAAAUGUUAGUGAUCAAGGUGCAGCUGUUGGUGAUCAAGAUACAGAAGUUCAUGAUCAAGGUGCAAAUGUUGGUGACCAAGAAGUAAAUACAAGAGAGUUUGAUACCUUUGAUGACCAACCAUUUCAAUUUGAAGACUUUGAUCCUUUCUUUGAUCAAUAUACUUUUAAUGAUGGUAAUGAUCAGAGUAUGGGUGUUGGUGCAGAACUUGGCACAAGACUAGGGGAAGUUCAAUUUGAAAGUGAGGGAGAUUGUGAAGGACUUGGUGAAGGAGGUAGUGAAAGGGGUAGUGAAGGGGGUAGUGAAGGGAGUGAGGAAGACAGUGACUUUCUUGAAGAUGAAGAAAACUAUGUAAGUGAUAUUGAGGUGGACAUGAGUGAUUUCUAUAUGAAUGUUGAUCUAGAUGUUGAAUAUGUUGACAGAGGAAAAGGUGUUGAGACUGAAAAUGAAGUUGUUGAUACAGAAGAUGUUGAAGAUGUUGAAGUAAUUGAUAAUGAUGAAUGGGACUCAUUAGGUGAAGAUAGUGAUGAUGAAAGAAGGAAAGCAAUAUUAAAACAGAUGGUGAAGGAGAAGAAGUGCUCUCUUGGUGAAGUCCAUACAGUUACUUUUCAAGUGGGUCAAAAGUAUAAAAGUAAAAAGGAAAUUAAGGACAAAGUCAACAAACUUGCCAUUGAGACUAGAAGGAAUCUUGGCUUCAAGAAAAACGACAAAACAAGGCUUAGGGUUGUGUGUAAAGAAUGCUUGGGAGAUGACUUAGAGUUGUACUCAAAUUCUAACUUUACUUUCAUGAGUGAUAGACAAAAGGGACUCUUACCUGCUAUUGCACAACUAUACCCACAGGCUGAGCAUCGAUUCUGUCUAAGACAUAUUUAUGAGAACAUGAGGAAAAAAUGGAAAACAAAAGAGUAUAAAGAUCACUUAUGGCAGUGUGCAAUAGCAACCACAGUACCAGAAUUUGAACACUACAUGAAUGAACUUAACAAGUUUGAUAAGGAUGCUUUUGAGUGGUUGAAGAAAAUCCCCCCUCACCAUUGGGCCAGAAGCCACUUUUCAGGCAGAGCAGGAUCAGAUAUAUUGCUCAACAAUUUAUGUGAGGUUUUCAACAGUAAGCUUAUUCAUGGUAGGAAUAAGCCCAUCAUAAGUUGUCUUGAGUACAUCAGGCAGUACCUUAUGAAGAGGAUUUGCAAUGUGAAGAAAGUGAUGUCCAAAGCUCCAGGUCCACUCACUCCAACAGCAUCAAAGUUACUUGAGAGAAAUAGGGAAGCUUCAGUCCAAUAUAGAGCUAGAUGGAAUGGGACUGCAAAGUAUGAAGUUUAUGGUCCUUGGCAUGACCAGCAUGUGGUUGACAUGACAAAUAUGUCAUGUACAUGUAGAAGGUGGGAAUUGAAUGGGAUUCCAUGCAGGCAUGCCAUAGCUACAAUACAUGAAAUGGCUGAUAGUGGAGACAAAGUUGGGGAGCUUUACACUUAUGUCAACAAAGUGUAUUGGCUUCAAACAUGGAAUGAAGCUUACUCUUACACUGUGGACCCUAUAAAGGGUAGAGCCAUGUGGCCAAAAAGUACCUGUCCAUUUCAAUUAACACCACCACCACAUCACAAUCAACCUGGGAGACCUAAGACCAAGAGAAAGAGAAGUGCAGAUGAAAAAUAUGAUAAACAGAUGCAAAAUCAUGGUGCAGGUGAACCUGAAAAACUUACCAGAAAGUUUGUUAGUGUAGGUGUGGGAAAUGCAACAAUAGGGGUCAUAACUCAAGGACGUGCAAGGGUCAAGGUGGGAAUGCAGGAAGCAAUGAAGGAGGGAAUGCAGGAAGCAGUCAAGGAGGGAAUGCAUGAUGCAGUCAAGGAGGGAAUGGAGGUAGCAGUCAAUGCAGGAAUUAGUGUAUUUUGUUUAAAAACUUAUCUUUUGGUUUAGCACAACUUUUGUGCAUUUGGAUGUAAUGGUUUAAAACUAGUUUGUUGUAAUGGUUUUAUUUUGGUCUUUUAGCCCUUUUGGUCAUGAAACUAAUGUCAACCUUUUGUCAUUGUUGAA